GUUGAGUGGCCAGCUUUUCGUUGCUCUCUGCACGCCCUCAGGCUCCUGCAUGCGUCCCUCAUGCGCGCCAAUGCCAAUGGCAAUGCAGACGGUGUGUGAGGAGAGCGCUCGCCGCUGGUGUCCUGUUUGCCAAUGCUGUGAUGUUAGCCAAAUGCGGUCUGCCACUGGUAGUGGGUAGUAUUCUCCGAAUCCCGAGAAUGUAGGCGGGACGGUUGUAUCUCCGCUGCUGCAAGCUCUCAUGUAAAGCUGCUUUCACGCGUACUGGUAGGAGGGGCCCAAGACCAGAUGGCUCUCAGCGGAUCUCUCUGCAGCCUGAGACCAGGCUUGAGAACGCCUAAUUAUGGGUCAAUCACAGGCAACAGGUGGGGGGAGUCAAUGCAGACAAAGAGCUCUCCAUAUCCUAGAAGAAAAGCAGCUUGCAACAAUGUCUGCAAUCACAUUGGCAGCUUCUGUGGCACUCGUUUGGUGUGGCACGGCACAUGCAAGCUGGAAACUACACGGAAGGGAUGUCUUCAUGCGACCUUUUCUGCGCUCUCCAAAUCAGCCUCUGCCAAGGCUUGCAUGUUAAAAAGAGGUACGGAGGGCCCUUCAGUAGGUGGUGGUUGUGCCCAGAUAGAAGACGGCGCUCCCAAGCUGCUCAGCAAAACAUACAGCAUUGCUUCAAGCAGGAUUGUCUCCAGUUUAGUGACAGGCGCCGUCGCCGCUGGGCUGGUGCUUUCUGCAAGCAGCGGGGACGUUGCGCUCGCCGAGCUGAGCCAUGCAACCGAACAGCAGCGUUUGGAACUGAUUCACAAUGUAGCGUUCAACGCCACCAGUCUUCCUGAAGCUGCAAACAGCAGUGAUCCGGAGCCCGUGUUGUCAACUGCCUCGCUGACCGCCCCGGAGCUCUCACCGACAUCAGUGAGCAGUGAGACUGCGGCGAGUGGAGGUCAGGGCUCCUACAAUGAGAUGGUGUACGGGCGGUUGAGCGAGUUGCACAAUGACGAGGAAGCCCAUCGUGCAAUGUUCACAGAUGACGCCUGGGAAGGAAUGAACAUUGUACGAGAGUACGGGCGGUUGAUUGAGACCAAGGAGGAGGAGGAGAAUGCGUGCGCCGAGUGCUUGCAGAACCGAAAGCUGGUCGAGCGGGCCUGGCAGGUUGUGUCGAAUGAGUUCUACGAUCCGGUGCGCGGUUUCUCGCAGGCCAAGUGGGCCCAAGCACUGUACACCAGCAUGGCAAAAGCGGGGGGCUUGCUGCGCACCAAAGCGCAAACGUACGCCGUCCUGACCGACAUGGUGGCGUCCUUGGGGGACCGCUACAGUGCAUUUCUACCCCCCUCUUUGUACCGGCUGGCCAUCCGGCACCCAAACCCCUCAGAGGUGCGAUACCUCGCGGCGCAGUACACAGGGAUUGGCAUCGAGUUGGGCCCUGUGUCUCCCUUGGGGGGAUUCACUAUCGUGGCCCCGUUUGCCAGUUCGCCGGCGGAGGAAGCGGGCAUUCGGCCGGGGGAGAGCCUGGUGGCCAUUGAUGGCCUCCCCUGCGAGCAGCUCACGAGAGACGAGGCCGCCACUCUCAUGCGGGGGCCUGUGGGGUCACCGGUACAACUAGACGUGGUCAGUCUCGCGGGGCAGGAGCGCCAGGUGACGAUCGAGCGGCGAACGCUUCCGCGGCCGCCAAUGAAGCACUUCAACGUCAGCGGGCCGGGCGGGCAGCUCUUCUCGUACAUUCGGUUACACUACUUUUCUUCAGACGGAACGCGGAUGGUGCAGGCCGCCAUAAAAGAAGGGGAGGCGCUCGGCGUUGAUGGAUACAUUCUCGACCUGCGGAACAACCCGGGGGGCGUAUUUGAGGAAGCCGUGGCGUGCGCUGCGCUGUGGCUGGACUGCGGCAGCUGCCAGGUCGUCACCACCGUCAACACCAACGCGGGGGAUGACGUCAUCUACCAGGCGGACAACCUGAGCAAGAACGUCUUCCCCGCCCACCCGGGGAACCUCACCCGGGCACCCCUCGUCGUGCUGGCCAACCGGGGCAGCGCCAGUGCGAGCGAGGUUCUGGCUGGCGCACUGCGCGACAACAGCCGCGCGGUGUAUGUCGGGGAGCGUUCUUUCGGGAAGGGCGUCAUUCAGUACUACUUCCCUAUGACCGACGGCUCGGGCCUCAAGCUCACCGUCGCCAAGUACCUCACGCCCGCCAAGUACGACAUCGCCGCCAGCGGGGGCCUUGUCCCGGACCUGGAGUGCCACGACUACCCCCACGGCCGGGCCACCGACGACUGCAUUCAGCUAGCCAUGCGGGUCAUGUCAAAAACUUCAGAGGAGCGGCGCACGUUGCUGCGGCCCACGCCCGACUCGAGAACGAUACCGUAUGCUGCGGCUGGGGUCGGUGGAGCCGGGUCGUAUUCAAUGUAGCUACGGACGAGUUGUAAUGCACUGCAUGGCUGGCACGAUUCGUAGUGGUUAGGUUGGCAUCCUCUUAGAAAAUCAGAGCUCUUGCUGAUUGCUAGAGUUGAAUUGUUGAUUCUAUUCGGACCCCGCAAAGUGUUGCGUGACGAUUGGAUCCUAGGCCUAGGUUGGCCAUAUGUACAGCUCGCUAGGACACGGCCUGUUGAAUCUUGUAUGCAGAACGGACUGAAUCUUUGAAGUCUAUAGCUAUAGGCCUCCAACCGGCCUGGAUCAGAGCUAGCUAGAUCUAACAUUUGAUCCUGACGAGAUUUAGAGCUCAGUCGGCGGGCUCAGCUACCAAUCCUAGCUGCAUACACUAUGACCAAAUCUCAGACGGAGUCGUUAUUGAAGUGGCAGUCCUGAUUUGUCGUGCACAAACCAGAGGCGGCCGAGCAGCUAUAUAGGUAUGCAGCUAUUUUGAGUUGACCAUCCGCAUUGAUCGACCUCAGAU